GGGAUUUGUAGUCCCAGUCAUAGACCGUUUACGUUUUUUAGGCAAACAUUUUGGAAACCAGCGCAUCAUGGGACUUGAAGUUCCGUGGUUGACCCUUGGCUGCUUUCGAUUUUGCAGUCGAACAGGAAGUAGUUAGCAUUGUGGGGCUUGUAGUUCCGCCCUGGAGCCUCCGGGGUUGAUCUCAACGCGCGCUGGAAGGAAAUUAAAACUAGAAAAAACGGGAAAACAUAACUUUUCGAUUGGAAUAUAGCAAAAACAAGGAGAAAAGAGGGUUCGUUCUGAUAUAGAAUAUCUUCCCCCUCCCCUUCCCACGCACCCACGUAAGCAUGCCCGGCUUCACCUGCUGCGUCCCCGGCUGCUACAACAACUCGCACCGGGAUCGGGAACUGCGCUUCUACACCUUCCCAAAGGACCCGGUACAGCGGGAGAUCUGGCUGAAGAACAUCUCCCGUGCAGGAGUUAGCGGCUGCUUCAGCACCUUCCAGCCGACCACUGGCCACCGUGUCUGCAGCAUCCACUUUGCCGGCGGCAGAAAGACCUACAGCAUUAGGGUGCCUACCCUUUUCCCACUGCGGGGGGUGAACGAGAGACGAGGCCGGAGAGGGAGGAACAGAAAGUUAUCCGCUGUGCUGCCUCCUGCUGCCCUGACACUUGGUGCCACCGUUGAUGCCAUCGAGACAGGCGAAGGAGACGGGAUCGUUGUGUCACAGCCCCGCCAGGGCGGUCCCGAAGACGUGAAGCCCAUCGAUCUGACCGUGCAACACCCUGACGGUUCGCUGCUGCCCAUUGCCGCCUCCACGUCUGUCCCUACGUGCGAGAGCGGCGCGUCGUUCGCUCUGGUGGCCCAAUCGUUGCCACUAGGGAUAAGUAGGGGGGAGAUGGCGUUAGUUGAGACAUUGGACCACUCGUACUCGCUGUCCUCUGGUACCACCUCAGCAGAGUUGCUAAAAAAACUUAACGAACAACGGGACAUCAUUGCCUUGAUGGAGGUUAAGAUGAAAGAGAUGAAAUCCACAAUCCGUCAUCUAAAAGUGUCCGAAUCUAAACUGCGGGAAGAAGUAAGAGACAGAGACAGACUGCUUUCAAAGGCGGUGAUCAGGAAGAAACACGGCAUGUAAGGAUGACGAUAAAGUGGGAGUAACAGUAAUAAUGACAAUAAUACUCAAAUAGAACAAAUAAACACACUCUUUGAAAUUGAAACGACACAAGGCUACAUGUGAGAAUCUAGCGAUGCCAGGAGGGAAUUUUCCUUGGAAAAAAGUUAUACAUGGUAAAUAAUAAUAUUAUAAUUGAUAAAGACACCGGGGGCAUGGGAUGAAAAUAGAUACAAAUCUUACCCGGAAGCCAAAAGAUACGGGAAAAGCCAAUGAAAAAAAACGAAUGCCAUGUACAUGAAAAAAUCUGAAUGGAUUACAAUAUUUUAAAUGCAACCGCACACAAAAAAAAGUUUUCAUUGGAAUGCUCAGAUAAUUAAGACUAGAUCACAAUGACAGUCUGUUUUCUUUUGCAAAUAAAGUUUGUCCAGCUAAGGGAUUUUAAUCAAAAGUACAGAAAAAAAAGUUUCUGGAUAUGCCGCGAACCCCGACAUCCCAGUGUUUUUAUAUUGAAUACCAAAUGACUUAAUACUGUGUGAUAUCUUUUGUAUGAAAUAGCCAUUGCUUCAUAGUUCUAUAAUGAAAAAGAAUGUUUAGCUUUUUUAUUAGCCAUUUUAGCUUGCUUACCUGUUAGUUUUUAUUUUAUUAAGCAUUUUCAAUAUUAUUUACAGUGUUUGACAUUGGCAUCAGCUAAAUCUAUUCAAUACUUUUUUUGUUCAUACCGAUUUUCUUUUAAUGAUAUUCACUUUUGAAAUUCACAUUUUGUAACAUUUCAAAGAACUUUCUUGUUGACAUUUGACUGGCAUUGCUACAUUAUGUUUUUUACUUUGUCCUCUUUGAGAUGUAAAGAAGUGAUUUGUGCAGCUGCAGUGUCUCUUAGUCUUAUUGUUGGGGAAGUCACAUUUGAAAGUAAACAGGUAUGGGCAACAAGUAAGCAACCUAUAGUCUAUCCAGUUCAGGCAUUUCAGUAUAAUGAAAUUGUAAUGGCUUCACAUGAUAGACAUGCAUAGGAUUCAUUAUAUGUACUUUGUUUGUACUUUGCUCCUAGUUACAAUGUACUGUAGAAGGCUGCAAGAUAUGAGCAUUUUUGUGUAUUUUUUUCCCACGGAAAGAGACAAAAAUGCUUAUGUUUCAUAGUUGAUUUGUGCCACUGUCUGUGGAUUUUUUUUAUAGAAGUCUACAAUUAGGUAUGAAGCUAUGACAUUUCUAGUGUAGAUCCAUUCUGGGACUUUUCAGAGAAGACGUGAUUUUGUUUCCAUUUUAAUUUUUGGUAUCUGAGUUUUCUGUCCUAGAUUUAAUCUUUAAUUAAACAAUUAGGAAAAAAUGUUGCAUAACAUGGCAGUUAUGUGUUUUCCUUAGUAGAGGUACAAAUGAAAUACCAGACAUCAUUGGCUUUGUUAUCUAAGAUGACCAUCACCUAUUCUGUAGUAGGACCCCAGUUGUUCCUUAGUUAUUAUUUCAAAAUUUAUCAGCUCUUGUUAAGAGAUCAGUAUGGUAAAACUGUUGUCAUCACUUCUAAAAUAUGUCGGUAUUAGCUGAACACACACUCAGUUUGUAUGCAUACUUGUUUUAACCCUCCCAUUGUGUGUGUCUACACACUGAAAUUUAAUUAGUAUAAUACACACAUUUACACAUAAAAUAUUUAAUUAGACAUAUGUAUGUGUAUUUUGGCAAAAUUUAAAAAUUUUCAGUAAUUGACUUGUGAUACAUAAGUAGAUAUUUAAAAAAAAAACUUUUUCUGGUCUCUCACUGUUAACAUUUUUAUUUUAGGUUUUGUGCAGACAUAGAAAAAACACUGGUUAAUUAUUUGGAUAAAUAUCUGCAUUAUAGUGAAUAAAUUAGAAGUGUAUUAAUAAUUACAAUUCCAGUGUUAUUGGUAAUGCACAAAAAAUAAAUUUUAUGUAUUGUAAACUUUCCUACUUACUCAAUUGCAGUAUCAGAUAUUUAAGAGCGUGAUGGCAGUCUGGAUUUACAACUUGUUAGGCAACAAGUGUUGAGUAGGAUAGUUGAACAUCAAGCAGUGACUCGCCUUCUGUCACCUUCCCAGUAGUUGGUAUGGUGAAGAGGCCUAGAUGUAUAAAUGUCCUUUGGAAAUCAAUGUCUUCACAUUCUGAAAGUGUACUGCUCAAAUUUUGAUAAUGGGCUAACCUACACAUUAGACAGUGCUGAUGUAAAUAAGACACCAUGGACCAUACCUGUUCAUGUGUACAGUAUUUAGAUAGUAAAUUUAGAUUCUGUAUGAGUUGAUUUGCAGAUGGUGUCCUAUUUAUAAGCAUAAUCAAUACGGAAAACAUUAAGUGAAGAAGCUAAUAGUGGAGACAUAAUAUGGCUGGUGUUAUUGUGAAAGUAACCUUGAUCAAAAUCAGAUGAAACAAUGUUCAAUUUGUUGAAUAUUUAUGACUGAAGAAAAAAAAAUCACAUUUUCACCUUCAGCCAGCUGCUUAAGUCAUUUUAACAAACAGUCUACAGCAACCUUAAGGUUAGUAGAGCUGAGCGUACCAGGAUGACUACAAUGUAGUACAAUCUUUCAGAAAGAGAAAACGUUGUAGCUAUGCUGGCUAAACACAAAGGAAAUGAAGGCAUUGUAAUGCAGUAGAAGAAAAAAAAGCUAAAUGCAUAAUAUGCAAAGAGUAUAAAAAUAAUGUUUGCUUUUGUAAAGACUGAAUGUGUAGUGAAGUUCCUCAAUGAAUGUGCAUCCACGGUCAUUCUAAGGCAUAGGUCUACUGUGUUUCUCUUAUCUGAGAUCUGUUCCAAGUUUUAAACUCUUUGAACACUCAAGGAAAACAUCCCAUAGGUAUUUCCAGUCUAAACUAAAAUGUUAGCCAUGUAAAAUUAAAAAUGAAUUUUCUUUGGCUUAUGUAAAUGGAAGCUGUCAGAAUAAUGAAAGAAACGGCUUUAAGGCUGAUGUUAAAUUUCAGAUGGGAAUCAUUACAAUGCAUAUAAAGAUAAAUGAAAAAGUAUUCAAUGCUGCAGUUAGUAUAAGGUAUUCCUAUUCAGUGGAAGAAAAACAAUUUGUUGGAAUGGUCGAAGCAAAUAAAGGGAAUUUUUAAAAUAUACUUUGAUGUGUUUCCAGGCUAUAGGAAACCUUUUUUUUUAAUAGUUCAUGCCACCUGUGUUACUAUCACACCUUUUAGUGUGUUGCAGUCCAUGAUAAUCAAAUAAACAUUUUUUAUAAAGAACUUUCAUUUGAGAUGUGUGCUUAUGUUGGGCUUUCAGGUUUUCUUCCCUAUAGUCCUCCAGAUGGCAGUAGGUGUCUUCCUUAUAUUCCAUCUUAAUCUGUAC